CAUAACCUGAAACCGACUCCGUGGAUCAUCCAUAUAUUACAGUACACCCAUUCUCUGAAUACUUAGUUACCCAUCUCUCAAACGAACGUCUUUUUCUCUCCAUCUCAUCUCACUUCAUCUAAUCUAAUCAAAUAAAAUCAACCCCUCCACACUCUACCCCAUUCCCACAUGCCAGCACUAUCCCAACCAUGCCGGACACAAAACCAAGAACGCGAACCAUCCUCAUCACCGGCGCCACAGGCCAACAGGGCCAAGCGCUGAUCGCCACUUUGCGCCCACCUAACCAUAACCAUAACAAUAACAGCAAUCCAAACCCAGCCACUGAACCCACCGCAUCAGAAGAAGCAGCACCAAUAAUAGAAACCUCAGAACCGGUGAUAGAGUAUCGCGUUCUUGCAUUAACACGCAACAAGAACAGUGAUGCGGCGAAGCGUCUAGCGGGCGAGAAGCAUGUGCGUGUUGUAGAAGGAGAUUUGAAUCGGAGAGAGUCAAUUAAGAAUGUUUUCGAGGAUGCGAAGAAGAAUGAUGGGAUUUGGGGUGUUUUUGCAGUUAUGGCGUAUCCGGGGUUGAAUAGGGAUGCGGAGGGGGAGGAGAGGCAGGGGAAGAUACUUGCGGAUUUAGCGCUGGAAUAUAAUGUUUCGGCGUAUAUAUAUUCUUCUGCCCUGCGUGCGGGUCCGAAAUAUGAUGAUCAGGAGCGACUUUCUGGUCGCGCAAAAGCUAAUAUUGAACGGCAUGUUCAGGCCCUGGGGGGGAAGGGAUUACCUUGGGCAAUCAUCCGACCAAGUUUCUUCAUGGAGAAUUUCUCGGGGCUCAUUGGGAGAAUCACUGCCGGAGUGCUGAGACAGGGGCUACGGCCUGAGACGAAGAUUCGGUUGAUUGCAAAGGAUGACAUAGGGAAGGUUGCAGAUAGUGUUUUCAAGAACUUCCCAGAGUUCAAAAACUCCAUCUUAUCUCUCGUCUCGGAAUCCUUGUCGAUCAGCGAGAUCGAAAAGAUACACGAGCGUGCAACCUGCCGUCCGCUGCCAUCGAUCCCGUGGCCAUUCGCAUGGUUUAUUCUGGCCAUAAACUCGGGUGCGAGAGGUUUAAUUGAAAAACUGGACAACGACCACGCUGUCCAGGCGCGUGGGGAGUAUGCAGAAUUGGAUGCGGAGAUUGAGCGAGCGAAGAAAGCAUAUCCGGAUAUGAAACCAUUUGGAGAAUGGGCCAAGCAGCAAGAUGGCGGUGAAGCUGGCCAGGGCGGUUGGAAUCAAGUUAGCUUGUGGAAGCUGCUGAUGGGGCAGUUGUGAUGGUGCAACAUCUGCUGUUUGGUCGCAGUUCCUGGGCUUGUCUGACAUCGGAUGCGAUAUACAUCAUUUGUGCUUUAGAACUUGGUGUACACAAGCUAGGUACACUGCAAUUUUUUCUUAAUAGUGCCAUUGAUUGCUGAUAUGCAGGUUCCUUUGUUCGAGCAAACGAGAUAGCUGUGCGCUAGCUGGGGAUAACGCUUGCUUGGGAUAAAUGGUAAUUGUUUGCACUGCAACUACCGAGAUAAAUUGCUCUGUG